AUGGAGGGCCUGCCUUCCUCGGUCAUUUCUCAGUAUCAAUACCAGUGGUCGCGGCUCGUGCGCCGAAAUACUCUUACAGACCCGAAUACCCUUCCUCCAUCGAGUCGUGCUACAUCUCUCCAGCAUCUUCCCCAACCAGACAUCAUACCGAUUCUCCUUCCGCAACAACCUUCGUUCCACCAGGCACAGCUCGCGCACUACAACAGGUUGAUAUCCUCAGGUCGAGCCACCCAACUACAAUCUUCGCCACUCCCUCCUCUCUUAUCUGCUCAACAUAUUCAGGCUGUGCCUGGCCAGCGGUCCGGCUCAAGUGGCGGCAGCACGGCAAGAACCUCGAAAAAUACGGCUCGGGUUGGUCAUGGGAAUAAGGAGUCUCGUAAAUCCAGUAAAGGCGAGCGCGCGCUCAUAGCAGAGAAGGAAAAAAUAGCUACCAUGCCAGGGAAGAGGUUGGACAUGUCCAGCCAGCUACCACAUCGGCCCCAUAUACAACACACGAAUACAAAUAUCUCACAACAAUCGAAUUCUGUUCCCUCGACACCGCACCAACACCCUCGCGAUUUCUCUUUCGAGUCGAGAGAGCCUUCCCCAACCGCGCCUCAUGGCCACUCCCCGCGUUCGGCGUAUUCUGAAUCAAAUAUUGUUCUGCCCUCUGUGAGACGUGUACCCCAGGGUGGUUGUCAGUAUGAGACUGCUCAGGCGCACACGAAGCGACGGAUGCCGUAUAGCAUUGGCAGUGAAAGACUCGAAAAUCAAGAUACGGCAACAAUCAAGAGUAAACUCUCGGAAGAUGAAGAACGAAUUCUAUCUACAGAUAUGCGAGAGCUCUACGAUCGGUUAUUACCGACACAGCAGAGUGAAGCGCGAAGAAAAGAGUUGAUAGUCAAGUUGGAGAGAUUGUUCAAUGAGGAAUGGCCUGGGCAUGUUAUUAAGGUCCAUGUCUUUGGCUCUUCGGGGAACUUGCUCUGUACAGACGAGUCCGACGUCGAUAUCUGCAUUACCACGGAUGCCAAAGAAAUGGAAGGUGUCUGUUUGAUUGCAGAUCUUCUUGCGAGAAAUGGAAUGCAGAAGGUCAUUUGUGUUUCAACGGCGAAGGUGCCCAUUGUCAAGAUAUGGGACCCCGAGCUGCGAUUGUCAUGCGAUAUGAAUGUCAAUAAUCCACUCGCUCUUGAGAAUACCCGAAUGAUCAAGACAUAUGUUCAAAUCGACCCACGAGUAAGACCUCUAGCGAUGAUAGUGAAGCAUUGGACGAAGCGAAGGAUAGUGAAUGACGCUGCAUUUGGUGGCACACUGAGCUCAUAUACAUGGAUAUGCAUGAUCAUAUAUUUCCUCCAGAACCGCACGCCUCCUGUACUGCCAGCACUGCACCAACGACCGCAUAUGAAGCUGCCAGCGAAGGACGGGUCCGAAAGUUCAUUUGCAGACGAUCUGAAUGCACUACAGGGAUAUGGCAAGGGAAACAAAGAAUCCAUUGGAGAGCUUCUAUUUCAUUUCUUCAGGUUCUACGGGCACGAGUUUGAUUACGACAAGCACGUUGUUUCUGUUAGAAAUGGUAAACAGAUAUCCAAGAUUGAGAAGAAAUGGCACUUGGCCAACAACAAUACGCUGUGUGUCGAGGAACCUUUUAAUGUCGGACGGAAUCUUGGUAACACCGCUGAUGAUACAUCAUUUCGAGGAUUGCACCUAGAGAUCAGACGAGCUUUUGAUCUUGUGUCACAGGGGAAGCUGGAGGAAUGUUGCGAGCAGUUUGAGUUUCCGAAAGAAGAGGAACGAGUAUGGGAACGGCCACCUCCGAAGCCCAGACCAGUCUUGAGGAGCACUUCACAGUCGAACAGAGGCGGAAGAAGUGGAAACCGAGGUGGUGGGCGCCAUAAUAAUGCGCACCCCCGCAAUAGUGGAAAUAGUAACAGAAGAGCCUCGAGUGCGGGAUUUGACAAGGCACCUUACGCACCUGCCACCCUCGGUCCCAACAUGACUCCUCAAGAUAUCUGGAUGCAGCAGCAAGCACAGGCACAGUUACACAACGACUUAUAUGCUACGUACUCGGUACUGCAAGCUCAGGAGAACAGUUUGCGGUUGCAGUUAUAUAACCAAUCACAAGGCUAUAUGCAGGCUCGGCAAAACCAUCCAUAUGCUCAGUCUCAAUCAGGUCAGAGCAGCAACGGUUCCACGAAACAGCCAUCUUCGGAUCGGAAUCGGACGAGCUCUUUCGAUCAACCUCCACUGACAGCUCCAAUACGACCAGAUAUGUACUACUAUCCGAUUAGUGGAUAUUCUGGCUCCCCUAUGUUUGGAUACCAGACGCCUAGCACCAACCCUUCCUCGCCUUCGUUGAGCGCUGCUGUCCCUGAGUUGAGAAGGAGCAUCCACAGGUCGUCGGUCACAAACGGAGGGCAAAAUGCUCAGUCGAGCAGCUCACUUCGGUCGCACUCCCAGCCAGCAGCACGAUCUGCUACUGCGCAUAUGGCCAUGCAAGGUGCUCCAAUACCUCCUCAAGGGCUUGGCAUUUACCAACAGUCACGGCCAGCCAAUGGGCUUCCAAUUCCCAAUUUCAUUGCGGACGAGAAUGCUGAAGCGACUGUUGACAUGAGUACUACUGCUCUUCCUUCAACUACACCUCCAGAUUAUCAUGCUCCUAAGGAAUAUGUAGGAUAUUACGUCAACAAUAGUCGGCAAAUGCAACCACUUCGGAGAGAGUCAGCACUAUCAAUACCUGCUUUUGGCGAUUUAGGCCAUAGCGGCCGUAGACGGCUCUCCACAGAUCAGCUUCCACAAUCAAUUCUGGAUCGGUUGAAGCGACCUUCUCGUUCUCCAUCACCCUUGGGGCAUGACCGCUCCUACUCCACUGGCGCCCCUUCGGCGCCCUUUCCGGGUGCUCAAGCAGUACACGGAAUCUCGAGCUCGAAUCUUCGGGCACUCAACACUCAAGCGCCUAUCGUAGUCAAUGGGUCGAAUGUCCCCACCUCAGUGUCAAUACCUAACUGGCAAGCCUCGAUCAAUGGAGGAGGUUUGAGUGAUGACCGAGCUAGUGAUGUUGCAGUGGGAUCUUUGGAUUCAGUCUCUCAAGCAUCUGGAACCACAGCCGAAAGCAGUCUGGAGCUCCCGGGCCAACUGACACCAAGAGAUGUGAGAGCUGAGGAGCGGACAGAACCGCCCAUGGUAGUGAACGGGUCGACCACCCAGAUCCUCCCAUCUCUUCCGGUCGUAAACGGCUCCCCUUCUUUUGUCGGUGUUGUAGCUACCCCACCGAACGGGAUAAUUGUUUCAGAUCCAUUUACCACACCUACUCAACGAUUGUCGCCAACUUCCCGUGAGAGGAUGCGAUUAUCACGACAGAACGGGGGAAUGUCUCCUCUUGAUAUAGGAGGUCGCCACGACACUUUGCGAGAGGAUUUGCCCCAUCUUUCUCCCGUCUAUGAGACCCGGACACCAUCACCUGCCGCAAGUCGGAAGCUUGAGCAGACUGCGAUCCCAAAGGGGGGGCGGGUGCCACCAAAAAACACGGAUGAUGUUGAAACGUCUGGCAAGCAGAUUCCCAAGUCUGGGCUGGCCAACGGCCACUCAGGAAAACAAGCUAUCGCUGCCCAGAAAUCCAACAGCCAUACUCGAGCCUCGAAGAGCGAAGGAGGCUCGUCGGGUACAUGGCAGAAGAUACCCAAGGGCAAGAAGAAAGGUGGUGCUGCAGAGAUGAAGACCGCCAUCAAUGGACAGCCUCAAAGCGAAAAGUUACCCAGUAACGAAUCCGAGCGUAAAGGGGGCUAA